CAAGGGUCCAGGCCGAGCAAGCCGAGCGACGAGUUCAGCUGAUGCAACUUAACUGGACCUGCGUGACAGUUCCCUGCACGCGGCGACGGCGGCGACUGAGAAAGGGGCGCGAGUGCUGGGGUGAGCGCGGGAGACGGAGGGGACAGAGCCAUGGGGGACGCUCUGAGCCCUGAAGAGAAGCUGCACCUUAUCACCCGGAACCUGCAGGUUGGGCCUCGGGGUUGGAAGUGCGCCGUUGGGGACUGGGGGCCGGAGGUCCAGUGAUCCUGAGCCCCGCUACGGGCUCAUAAGUGUGUGGGGCCGGGGACUCCGCGCCGAGGCCGCUCUGAGAGAGACUGCAGUCCUCCUGCCCGUCGGAGGUUCUAGGGGAAGAGAAGGUGAAGGAGAUACUGAAGGAGCGGGAACUUAAAGUUUACUGGGGGACAGCAACCACAGGCAAGCCACACGUGGCUUACUUUGUGCCUAUGUCUAAGAUCGCGGACUUCCUGAAAGCAGGAUGUGAGGUAACGAUUCUGUUCGCGGAUCUUCACGCGUACCUGGAUAACAUGAAGGCCCCAUGGGAACUUCUAGAACUCCGAACCAGCUAUUAUGAGAAUGUGAUCAAGGCAAUGCUGGAGAGCAUUGGGGUACCCUUGGAGAAGCUCAGGUUCAUCAAAGGCACUGAUUACCAGCUCAGCAAAGAGUACACGCUAGAUGUGUAUCGCCUCUCCUCUGUGGUCACACAGCACGAUGCCAAGAAAGCGGGAGCUGAGGUGGUGAAGCAGGUGGAGCACCCUCUGCUGAGUGGCCUGCUGUACCCAGGGCUGCAGGCCUUGGAUGAAGAGUAUUUGAAAGUAGAUGCCCAAUUUGGAGGAGUUGACCAGAGAAAGAUUUUCACCUUUGCGGAGAAGUACCUCCCUGCACUUGGCUACUCAAAACGGGUCCACCUGAUGAAUCCUAUGGUUCCAGGAUUAACUGGCAGCAAAAUGAGCUCUUCAGAAGAGGAGUCCAAGAUAGAUCUCUUGGAUCGGAAAGAGGAUGUGAAGAAAAAACUGAAGAAGGCCUUCUGUGAGCCAGGGAACGUGGAGAACAACGGCGUUCUGUCCUUCAUCAAGCAUGUCCUCUUUCCCCUCAAGUCUGAGUUCGUGAUCCUUCGAGAUGAAAAAUGGGGUGGAAACAAAACCUACACAGCUUACAUGGACCUGGAAAAGGACUUUGCUGAUGAGGUUGUGCACCCUGGAGACCUAAAGAAUUCUGUUGAAGUCGCCCUCAACAAGUUGCUGGAUCCCAUCCGGGAAAAGUUUAAUACCCCUGCACUAAAGAAACUGUCCAGCGCUGCCUACCCAGAUCCCUCGAAGCAGAAGCCAGCUGCCAAAGGCCCAGCCAAGAAUUCAGAACCAGAGGAGGUCAUCCCAUCCCGCCUGGAUAUCCGUGUGGGGAGAGUCAUUAGUGUGGACAAGCACCCAGAUGCAGACAGCCUGUAUGUGGAGAAGAUUGAUGUGGGGGAAGCUGAACCACGGACUGUGGUGAGUGGCCUGGUGCAGUUUGCGCCCAGGGAGGAACUGCAGGACAGGCUGGUGGUGGUGCUGUGCAAUCUGAAACCCCAGAAGAUGAGAGGAAUCGAGUCCCAAGGCAUGCUCCUGUGUGCUUCUGUAGAAGGGGCAAGCCGCAAGGUUGAGCCUCUGGACCCUCCUGCCGGCUCUGCUCCUGGUGAGCGAGUGUUUGUGAAGGGCUAUGAGAAAGGGCAACCAGAUGAAGAGCUUAAGCCCAAGAAGAAAGUCUUUGAGAAAUUGCAGGCUGACUUCAGAAUUUCUGAGGAGUGCAUCGCACAGUGGAAGCAAACCAACUUCAUGACCAAGCUAGGGUACAUCUCCUGUAAAUCACUGAAAGGGGGGAACAUCAGCUAGCCAACCUGGCGUCUUCCUCCCUUCUCAUCAUCCUGAGUCAUCUGCUGUCUCCUUAAUUUGCUCCAUCCAUCAUCUGCUUACCCAUCUCCCAGGACACUGAAGCAGGAAGUUUGGGACUGUGUUAGGUGCAAGACUUGGUGAGGGGCAGCUCAGCCUCCCCAGGAUCCAGGAUCACCCUGUCUGGCUGCAGGGAGAGGCUGACCUCCCGGGUAGUGAUGAGCGCGGGGCAGUGCAGGGAGUACAGCCCUACCUUCUUCCCUUGGCAGCUGACCUGACAAAUCUGGUUUCAAUAUAACAUAACUCAGAAAAAGUUUAUGCCAUAAUCCUUGUAACUGGAAAAAUAUUGGUUUCCAGUUUUCCUAGCGUUAUCCCAGCAGCUGUGCCUCUGGCUGGGAUCUGGUGCCUGAGCUGGGCUAAUUACAGCCUCUCCCCAACAGGAAACUGUGGGAUUUGAAAAGGGAAGGGAAGGGAAAACAGAGAACCUGGUGGUCUACCAAGUGGUUGGCAGCUUUCCCCAAUGCCUGCCAACCCUGAGGCUUGUCACUGGGGGCAGAGCCUGCCCCAGGACUCCUGGAUUGCCCUUUGAUCCUGCUGGGGGGACACUCCCUAAACCAGCUGCCUGUUGUUGGAUGGCACAGCCUGGUUCUUUCUUCAGGGAGGGUGUGGUACUUCUCCAUAAGGCAUCUCAAUCAGGACCGCUAAGCAUCAUUGUCAUAAAUUCAAAUAAAAUGUCUGAACAAGGGUGUCUGGACGGGACCUGUCUGUGAGCUGCACCAUCUCAGGAAAGGAGAGCACAGUGUGUAGCAGCUUCUGGGCCCCUCACCCAGCCUCGGGCUGUUUGUAUCUUGGACUUUUGACCCUGUAAUGGGAGCGGGGGUGGACUAGGCUGGAUGGCAAGACACCUUGACUUUCCCUUUAGCAGUGUUAAAAAGAAGAGGCUCACUUUACGGUCCAGAACGUUGUCCCUUCUAAAUGUGGGCCCAGACCACCACCUUGACCCACCCCAUUAAGAAGCAGCAGCCACAGCCAAGUUUGAAUCAUUUAAUUAAUUAACAUCUUCGAAUGAAACCCACACAGAGCUUUUUCCAUGUGUAUCACUCCAGCUUCAGGGCAGAGGGAAUAGAUUGUAUAGACAUAUCAAAGACUCAGAAACUUAAAGAAAUAUAUAUAUAUAUAUAUAUAUGUGUGUGUGUGUGUGUGUGUGUGUGUAUAUAUAUGUAUAUAUAUAUACACACACACACACACACACACUAACAUUUUUAUGGAAAUUAAAAAUCAGAGGCUUUUGGUCUCUCCAUGUGCACUAGGUCAAGCUCAUUUACCCAAGAGGACAAAAGGAUUGCCUCUUGGAGAUCCUCCCUUCUCCUUUCUACUCUGUCCCACCCAGUGGGGAAACAAGCUCAGAGGAAUCUAACUGAAGAUAAGGGGCUCCAGUAACAUAGGGAGGGGAGGGAAAGAAACACAGAAGGUGGGCUCCCUCCUACCUCCAGCAGCUCCGAGGCUGCUGCCAGGGCCUGGUGUCAUGGAAGCUUUGGCCUGUUCCUGGUUCCUGGUUCCCAGUUCCCGGGGGGUUGAGUCAGGAGCUCUGAGCAGAGGAGUGCUUACUGACUGUCCUCUUUCCCCAACUCACUGGGCAGGCACAGCACAUACCCAGCAGCAGCUCUCCAUUACCCAAAGGGCAGGGAAGAACAUUGGUUUAUAGCUACAGAGAGAAGAGAAUAGUGAGAGAGGGCCAUAGGAACCUGGGAUCUCAGACCACAUCCCCUGUGUUCCCAGCUCUUUUUCUGGGAGGGGGUCAACCUCUCUCCUGGGUGGAGGAGAAGCAGCUAAAAGCAAGGUCCCUUGCCUGGCUCAAGCCUGAGUCACUGUUGAGGAAAGAGGAUCAAGACAGAAAGAGUGACCUGGUGACAGCCAUGCUGCAGUGGAAGGAGGCACUAGGGCCACCCCCGUGGAGCCACCGGGGCCAGUGAGGAAACCAGCUUACCGAGAUAGGUGGCACAGGUUGAAAAUGGAAAGGUCAGUAAAAUUCCUGGAGGAGAGAUCAGUAGCGGAGGCUGAUGUCUAGGGGGGAACCACCCAGCCCGCCCCUAGGAGCGCUGAGUUCCCCCUCAUUGACUAGGGAAGAGUCUGUAAUAGAAUGCACAUUUGGCUUCCCAUCCUGUCACUCAGCGUCAGCUCCCCCCAGUGGAACCACCUGUGCUGAAAGACAGCUGCAGAAAGGACGUGCUCGGAGCAGAGUAAAGGUCAGAGGAUGAAAUCCAUAGGGCCGGGUCUGGGCCCACUGCCCAAAUAGGCUCUUCCCUGCCAGACCCACCCCUCCAUCCAUGUCCUCAGUACUUCCUGUCGAGCUGAAAGGAACCCAGCUUUGCCAUGGCCUGUGGCUCCUGCCUCUGAAGAGUCGUGCCCGCCCACCCCAACCUGAUCAAGUAAAACGGCCAAGUGCCCCAUGACGUGACUCUCUACUCUGUUCUCCCACUCUCUGAGGACAGAGAGAGCCUGUGGACCUCCCCUCUGGUUCUUUCUCCCCCACCCAUUUGGGCCCUGGCCGUCUCCCACUUCCUGUCCCCUGCAUGGAGCACCUGGCAGAACUAGAAGGCAGGAGGCUGGUUGGUGGUAAGUUGAGGCACAGGAGGGCUAACCCCCGCUGCACCUUUUGUGCUUUGGAAUUCCACAGCCCCACUCCUGCCUCCAGCCUGGAGAAGCCUGUGGGAAUACAACGACUUGCCUACCUCCAAGAACUAAGAAUAGUUGCAAACUGGAUCGGAGGAGGGGGACAGAUUAGUCCCAGCCAUGGGCUGGCUGCUGGGGACUGAUGCUGCUGCCAUGUAAACAGGCCCCUGGAAUGUGGCUUCGCGGGCCCUGGAGGAUGGACAUGCAGCCACUUUUCAAAAGUGCUUUGAUUCUGGACUACAGCAUGUGCAUGAUUUGGACAUU